CUCUUGACUCGAUUGGUUUGGGCUGGUAUUCUGCGCGGGUGCUUCAGUGCUUCUGCACGCGGGUUGAGCGCUGUUACUCACUGUAGUUUUUGGCCUUUCUGACCACAAUUAGAUUGCAAACAUCUGCUUUUCACAAUUAUAAACGGAGAAAUGGCUGAUUCACAGGAUGACAAACUCUACAAAGCCGAGUAUGCGAAAAGUGGACGCGCCUCUUGCAAGAAAUGCAAGGAAAACAUAGCAAAAGACUCGUUGAGAAUGGCCAUUAUGGUGCAGUCUCCCAUGUUUGAUGGCAAAGUGCCCCACUGGCACCAUUUUUCCUGCUUUUGGCUCCGGGCUGCAGUACAGUUGCCCUCUGACAUAUCUGGAUUUACUGACCUCCGCUGGGAUGACCAGGAAAAAGUGAAGAAAGCCAUUGAGAGCGGAGGUGCUACAGGAGCCACAGAUCAGGAGAAGACUCUUGUGUGA